AUUACUCAACUUCUCUAAUUCUCCCCUUUUUUAUGCCUUUUUCUGCAAUUUUUAUUUCUGCUACUUCUUUGCCUUGCCGUCAAAUUUCGGAGCUUGUGUUUUUCUUGGCUUAUUAAGUUGUUUUAGGUGAGAUUUCUGAUAUGAGUUUCUGUCCUUGUUGAAUAAUAAAAGAUUGGAUCUUUAUCUUUGGUCUUUUGAAGGUCUCUAUGGAGAGUGAUAAUGGUGAUGAGAAGUCCAAGAUGGAAGACUAUGAAGUCAUAGAACAGAUUGGAAGAGGAGCUUUUGGAGCUGCUUUCCUUGUUCUCCAUAAACUUGAGAAAGCCAAGUAUGUGUUGAAGAAGAUUCGCUUGGCCAAGCAAACUGAGAAAUUUAAGGGAACAGCACACCAAGAGAUGGAACUGAUUUCCAAAUUGAACAGCCCAUAUAUUGUGGAGUACAAAGAUGCUUGGGUUGACAAGGGAAACUGCAUAUGCAUUGUAACUAGCUACUAUGAAGGAGGGGACAUGGCUGAGCUUAUUAAGAAGGCCAGAGGUAUUCACUUUCCCGAGGAGAAAAUAUGCAAAUGGAUGACUCAGUUGUUGUUGGCUUUGGACUACCUGCACUCAAACCGUGUUCUUCAUCGGGAUCUGAAGUGUUCCAACAUAUUCCUUACGAAGGACAAUGACAUCCGGCUUGGUGACUUUGGACUUGCAAAAUUACUUAACAAGGAAGACCUUGCUUCCUCGGUUGUUGGCACACCCAACUAUAUGUGUCCUGAGCUCCUUGCGGAUAUACCUUAUGGCUACAAAUCGGAUAUAUGGUCACUUGGUUGCUGUAUGUUUGAGAUUGCUGCACGUCAACCAGCAUUUAGAGCUCCUGAUAUGGCCGGACUCAUUAACAAAAUCAACAAAUCCUCUAUAUCUCCUCUUCCGAUUUUGUAUUCCUCAACUAUGAAACAAAUAAUCAAGAGUAUGCUAAGGAAGAAUCCAGAAUACCGACCAACAGCUGCUGAACUCUUAAGGCACCCCCAUUUGCAGCCUCAUGUCCUUCGCUGCAGAAAUCCAUCCACUGUUUAUCUUCCGGUAAAGCCCACAAACAGCCCAAAGGAGAAGACACCUAGAAAAUCAUUAUUGAACAAACCUGGCAUUGGAAAGGACAGGGUGAUCGGAGUUAAAGAUGCUGGCAUAUUGAAUGAACAAUGUAAUACACAUUCAUUUCCGAGAAUGGCUGAUGUACGCAUAAGCGGUUCUCCUAAUCGUGAGAAGCCAACAUCCACAGCUAGUACGAAAGACAACCUUGUCACUAAGAGGGUUGAUCCUACUAGCUGUGCUGUCGAAAUUUCUAACUCUAUCAGUGAUUCCAAAGACAUGUUCACUGAUUCCGAAGUUAGUGUUAGCAAUGAAGACAAACGGUCUCAGCUUAAGAGUGUUUCGCAAAAGGAUGCCGACUUGGAUUCAACCUCAGAGACAGCAUUCAAUUCUCAGCAUGAUGAGCAAGAAGAACCCACUUUUGAGCACACUCGAAACUUGCCGGAAGUUGAUAUGAAGUCUAUAAGUAAAAAAGAUGAGACUUUUUGUGACGUGCAGGUUCUUGAAGAAGCAGCAAAAGAGGUUCUUGACAUGCAGGUUCUUGGUACAUCGAGGGAUUCUGGUAAAAUGACAGUUUCCAGCAUCAGUUGCGAAUAUAAAAAUGGGUAUCGUGAUGAUGGAAGUUCAUCAUCUACUAUUUAUGAGACCGAUGUAGAUCAAAGAUGCUCGUCAACUAAAACAAGUUGUGGUAAUGCGAAAACAGAAGGUGCCGACACAAGCUACUUGUCUUCGGAAAGUAAUGCUGUACAUCCAUCAUGCACAGAUGAAGCAGGAGCAACAUCAGGGACUAAUGCCUGCUCCACUGUGACUGAGAAAGAUAAUGUGCGACCAAUUCACUUGACUCCGAAUGAUGUAUCGUUACUGAGUAGACUAACAGCCAUGAGUGGUGAUGAAAUUAAGAGUGUGUGGGAAAAUCCAAGUCAGGAAAGAGCCGAUGCAUUGGAGUCUCUGCUUGAGCUAUGUGCCCGGCUUCUUAAGCAAGACAAAAUUGAUGAACUCGCUGGUGUGCUACGACCGUUUGGGGAAGAAGUUGUCUCCUCUAGAGAAACAGCAAUCUGGCUGACAAAGAGCCUCAUGGCUGCUCAAAAGUCCACCGGUGGAACCUGAUUUUCAACAGCUUGGAACUAAUUUAUCCAUAAAUGUGAGACUGGUUUGCUUGAAGAGAAGAAACUCAAGAAACAAAUAUAAUUUGCGGAUUGUUCUGAAUAAGAAAUGUCGAGUCAUGCAUGGAUUGAGCUUGCUAUGUCUUGUAUAACAUGUGUUACCUGUAUUUAUUGCAUUAUUUUUCUU